AUGAAUGGCAACCUGUGCUUUAGCGAAACCGAAGGCGAAAAGGACGGUUCAAGUUUGGGCAAUUGGACUCAGAGUGACGACUGUUCAAGCCUUGACGAAAACUGCUAUUCGGUCGCGGAAGGACCGGAGAAGUUCCGGACUGGUUCGGAAGUUCUGCUAUUGAGUACACUUCCGGCUGCUGCGCUACUUCUAGCUGAACAUUUACUAUAUCCGGAUUUGGAAGAGGAGGUAACAAUGCCGAGGAGAGUUCGGGAGCAGAUUUUGGAAGUGACAAAGACAGUGACAGUUACCGAAAUUGUCAAUCAUGGCGCUGGCAAGCAUCCAAGAGCUUGUGAAGUGACAAUUACAAACUUGGAGUCGGAUACUUCUCACCCGGUUUCGGUAAAAAUCAGUCAUAUGCAUGAAGGAAAGCGUCUUGACCAUAAUGAAACCGGUACUCAAACCCCCGAGGUGCACAUCGAGGAGCAGACCUGGGAUGCUAUCCGGCACCCAGCUACCGGGACCACGAAAAUUAUACAAGAGCAGGAAUCCAAAAUUGAGCGCAUUCGGCGCAAAAAUCCCCCAGUUACGACCACCUUCAACCUUCGAUCAGACAACAUCAUAGAUCUACAGUUCACUCAACCUGUUCUGAUCGAAGAAGCCGAUAAACAGCCCAAGUCAUCGACACGGCAACCGACUGCUAGUGCUGCUAAUGAUAAAACCAUGUAUACGAGUGGACCAAUACAUUCGCUCUAUUAUCAGAGUUUUUCCGGAUCGGAUGGCUUGUUAGAGGAAACUGGUGUUACUAAGGCUACUAUUUCCUCUCCACCUCCUACAGCUGCUGCUUCUGCUACUUCGGUUACGGCCGCUGCCCAGCCUACUGCGCUACCAAGAAGUUCUGUUGUGGACGAAACUGAUCUUGGAUCCAUGGCCAGCAACAUAUCCAGUGACGGUAGCGUCAUUGUCUAUGCUGAUGCGCGUCCUCGUGGACGAGCAUCGUCAGCCCAAGGAUAUUUUACUAGCUUUCCAGACAGCGCCACGAAGUCGAAAGCGCUGGAGAAGUCGGAGAGCGACGGUGGAGUGGCCACCGAAUGGUCUGGUGACGACAGUGCUCCGAAGAAACGACCCGAAUACAUUGUCACCGGGAAAAAAGAGGCUGGAAUUUUCUAUCGUGAGCCAACAAUUCGUUGGAUCUACGCUGAAUUCGACCCUAUGUACAAGAAACAUCGUUAUGUGAAAAAUCCAAGAAUUACUCGUUGUCAAAUGAAUGGUGCGACGGGAAGUGCCGAAAUACUUGUGCAUAGCCGAAGCGACGAUGAACAGAUCCCUGGCACUUCGAAAACGAAUGGACAUGCGAUUUUUAAUCGUUCAACAUCAUCUGAACCGAAAGAUAAUGGUGAAGUACCACCAAAACCGGCACGUACCGCUUUAACGCCUUCAGGAGACGCCACUAGUGAAAGCAGUUCAUUUGCUGCAAAUGAUGCUUUCACGAAAACUAGUCCCCGCGACGUGGAAAGCGAUAAACCCAAAGAAUUUUCUCUCUAUGCAAGACGACGCUCCACACCUCCGCCAAGAAUGACGUCAACACCGUACACUAGUCUCGAGCGGAAAGACAGGUCUCAAAUGGAGCUGAUCAGUGAUGGCCGAGAGCUGAGGCAAUCCCAUUCAUUUCCGAAAGUUCAAGUUGAUAAAAAGUUAGACGAAGUCUUUACUAGUCUGACUGCAAAUGAAAACGAAGGUGACGGCAAAGGUGCAUUGUUACCACCGUUGCCACCUCGUGUCCCAUCGUCUCCGAUCGUUGUCAUCAAUAAAAGUCGAAAGAAUAGCAGUGAAGAUACGUUGGAUGGAGAGCGAAAACAAUCACGAAAAUCCGUUAAUGAUAUUGAUUGGUUUGCUGCGUUCAAUAUGAAGGAGCCAACACCUCCAAAAUCGCCCUCAAAUUCAGACGUGGAUGUAAUGCGAGAAGCUGAAGCAGUAGGCGAACAUAGCCAUGCCAAGACCUCCACGGAGAUUCCACCAAAAACAAGCGAAAUCAAUCUCGAAGAAGUUUUCUGCGUUAACAGAGGAAAGAGCAGCAAUACAAAAGAAUGCAAAUGCAACGCUUGUAAUCUUACAAAGCUCAGCGAUGAGGAGAGGGCAGCGAUGGUCCCACCACCAAAGCCGAUGAGGGUCCUGCGAAGAGAAGAGAGCAACCGUAGCCCGUCGAACUCUGCAAAUAGCACUCCAGCUGUGAAUAUUUCUCUGGAAGAUGUAUUCAAUCCUAAAAGGACCUCGCCAAUUCAUGUAGUUAGAAUGAGCAAUGAUGAGGAACCUACUAGACCUUCAAGAAGUUCGGAUACGCAAAGAACGGCAGAAAACCAUGAAAAUUCUAGAAAAUCUGGCUCCUAUCUGGAAAGAGAGACUAUAUCGUUUCAAAGUUCGCGGCAAAACUGCUCAGACAUAGAUAUGGAUGAGAUUUACCCAAUAAGGAAAGAUGCUGAGCAGCCUAGAGGGUCCCUGCAAGAACAUGGAAGUCUUAAGCCUUUUCAAGAAAAUAUGAAGAAAGAAUCGCGCUCCUCUUCAGCCCCUGUGGAAACUAACCUGGACUGGGUAGCUUCCCUUGUGGGUAGUGAGAACGGGUCGAAGGAGGUCAGAAAAGUUGAGGAGAAAAGCAUUCUUUACGAUAUUGGAGCCAACGAAAGGGAUAUCCUUGCCUUUAGAAAGCCUACCGUAACCCAAGGGCCAAUGGCAACAUCUGAGAAACUGCCCAAUGGGCAUAAAGAAUCUGGAGCGGAUGACUGGUUACGGUCUCUAGUGACAUCAGAGCAUCCCACAACAACAACCAAGGAGCCCAUAGAUCAAAAAAUCACCAAAGGGACACCCACGAACAUCGAAGAAACCAGAGUCACUCCAGCACCUGCUCCAGAGCCAAUAAAUGACCUAAUUCACAAGGUUUUUGACCGAGAAGAUGACCCGAACGCUAAAAAUUCAAAGAAAUGCUGUUGUGCUGCUUGUGAAACCGAUGCCACCACCUCCACACCGGUGCCAGCCGAACGAAAACGACGUUUAGCCAAGAAAGAAGAGAUGCUCCGACGUUCGGAAAGUCCAUCCACUCAACCAACGCCCCCCAAUACGCCAUCUGUACAGGAACCAAAACGGCAAAAAACCACAGGCGUGGAAGUUGGAGCGGGGCUUGAUGAAGACGUUGGGAAAGAGAAUGUGCCUGAAACCGUCAAUGAGAGACUGGAGAAUGCUUCGGAACCUUCGGAACCAGUCGAUCCCGAAGCGAUUCACUUCCCACCGGGUCGUACGCUUCUCGUCGGCGAAGUUCUUCGAAAACCCAGUGUCCUUGAGGAGACUUCUUUUAACAUAGACCACCUGUCGCCGAUCAGCGAUGUUUCCAAGGCCUAUAUGCAACGUCUUACGCAGCUAAAGAGCGAGCUGGGACUGGAUGAGAUGGAUCCGAACUCGGAGCAGAAGGGAGUAGCUGAAGACGAACAGUCAGCUGGCGGGCGGCUAGAACAGCGCGACUUGCGACCCACGUUCUACCAAGACGAACCGGACGGCUCAUGUGACACUGGCGCACCACUGGGACACAGGACAAUGAGCGAUGAGGCGCUUGUCGACGCAAUGUUCAGCCCGGUGUUCGAGGGUGAGUCGAGCGAGAUGACGAGCCUCGCCGCAGCCACCACCGCCUCCUCGUCGUCGCAAACUCUGCCCGGUGAUCGUCCGGCGGUCGAGGAGAAGUGCGUUGGCGCCGAAUUGAUGGAGAACGGUAAGCCGAACUCGAGUUUUGAUGACUGGUAUGAUAAUCCGACUGCACCGCCUUCGGAAGAGAACGAGGUGAAGGACUAUGUGGAGGAGAUGCUGAAUCAGUCAAUGGAUGAGGCGAUAUUCUCUGCUUCGAGGAGGUUACAGGACAAGGAUGAGGUGAGGAAGGAGCUGAGAGGGAUUCCGAACCAUACUGAUACCUCCGUGGAUCGGAAGAAUUCCCAAGCCCAGCAGAGCCUAGACUCCACCUCAUCCGAAGGCACAGGGGACCUCAAAUCUAAAGACCCUCUAAUCGAAGCUGUAUUCACCUCCACCAUCGACAAAGAACAACUCAUGGAAUCUGUAAUCUCCUACCCAGCUUCCACCGCCUCCUCCCGAGUCACUUCCUCCGUCACCACCCCUGGAGCUGGUCGAACCAUCGACGAUUCUGAAGUUUUCUUCCCCCCAAACUCUUCCCUUCCCCAACCUCCACCCCAAGGCGAAAUGUAUGUGUCUAGCGCUAGCGUAUUAAUGAACGACACCCAUUCGUCUUCGGAAGGUGAUUUUGACGAGGAUUACAUCAUGAAAUUGGUCUUUUCCGAGAAAAACGAAGAAGCGCCGGCGGGUCCCGUGAUUGCGGACACACCGCUGGAACGAGUCCAGAGAACAAUAAAGCAAAGCAGCACGUACGAUGAGUUACCAAGUGAAAUGGUGAACAGUACGGUGAAUUCUGAGGUUGAUAAUCGUUCCCUUUCAUCAAUGGAGAACGACUCUGGUAGAGCUGAUGAGGAACUUCUUGAGAUCGAAGUCUUUCCUGGAUAUUUUCACAUCAAAGGAAGCUACUCUUUGGUCAUCCAUAAGGGUGAUCCUUUGGGAGAACUACUUUCUGAAGUGCAUGCCAAGGGAUCCGCAUCUUCGAUGGAUUUCUCCAUAGCUCCAAAGUUGCGAAGGAUGCUAAUUCAAUGCUUCAAGGAGAAGAAUCGACCACCUUUGAAUGGAGCUGACAUGAUAUCGUCUCGAGCUCGAAACCUUCUCACUGACGAAGAUGUUUCGGAUAUCGUUUACACAAUGAUGAAAAAGAACCGCUACAACGCUGAAACUAAUCCGGAGGGUAACGUCAAUUUUUGCACAGCGGAGAACAACGUGUGCGCGGAAGAAAUGAUGACGCUGUUGAAAAGCAAGGGGUAUUCUCCGGUAGAGUCACAUCUUGUGAAUUAUCCACCAGCUGGAGGGCAUCCAAGCACCAAACAAGCUAUUGCUCGAUACAUGGCUGAAUUUAUGUCAGCCAAUGUUCGUGAAGACGACCUGAUAAUUUUACCGUCCUCAACUUCUGCUUAUGAUAUGCUGUGUCAUUGCACGUGUGAAGCCGAAGAUCUUGUGCUAACAAGUGCUCCAACUUAUGCGGCAUCUGUGAGGAAUUGUGGUUCUAGAGCUGAAUGUCGGAUAAGACCUAUUGAGAUAAACAUGGAAUCACCUCGGCUAGAUGUUGAUGUAUAUCAGAGAGCACUGGACGAUUACAGCGCUAGGGGUGCUGCCGUCAGAGCGAUUCUGAUCAUUAACCCUCACAAUCCGCUAGGAGCUGUAUUUCCGCCUGAAGAUGUAAUAAAACUAUGUAAUUGGGCUACUAGUAACAAUCUAAUUGUUCUUAUCGACGAAUCUUUCACUUCAUGUGUAUUCGCGCCGAAUUCACCCUUUAAGAGUUUUCUCAGCUAUAGAAGUCGAAUAGAGAGGCUAGAGAGUGUCAUGUAUUUCUGGAGUCUAAGCAAAGAUUUUGGAGUACCGGGCCUGAAAAUAUCCGUGGUUCACACUCCGUACAAAAAGUUGGCCCAAUCUCUUUCAACGCUUGAGCUCAUCCAUCCCGUGUCCGGCUUGGCACAUGAUGUUGCUACAGCGAUUCUUUCCGAUUUCGACUGGCUGCGGAAAUUUAAUGAAACCAAGCUAGCAAGGUUGUCAGCCCAUUAUAAAUUUGUGGAAAAUCAACUUCGCGAAAUGGGCUUGCCCUUUACUCCAGCUGUAGCCGGCUGCUUCGUCAUGAUCGAUUUCAGAAAGCAUCUGCGAUCACAAACAUUUGCGGAUGAAUUGUCACUGUUCCAAUCCCUAUGUGACAAAGGAGUGAUGUUGACUCCUGGACAACAUAUGCUAUGCCAGCAACCAGGAUGGAUGCGACUUGUAUUUAGCUGUGACAAAAAAGAACUCAUUGAGGGUAUUUAUCGAAUGCGGAUGUUCUUCAACAUGCCAAUAGAACGGGAGACUAUGCAUAUUGACUACUAAGGGCCUUCCGCUUGUAUCUAGACUUACUGCAACGGUGCAUAUCUACAUGACUGUCGAUUUGUUCUGAUUUCUCUUGACAAAAUCAAGAGUGUGCAUAAAGAUUUAUAUGUAUG